AUGACAAUAGAAAAUCAUAAAUACCAUUGGAAUCCUACAUUUAGGCAUAGAGAUCUGGAAAAGUACAAGAAUAAAGAUGAGGAUUACAUAGACUUUUAUUUCAACAAUACAGGGUAUAAUAAGAUAUAUCAAAACUAUUUAUUGCCGAAUAUUAGGUUGUACGAUAACAAAAUAUCGAUUAACCACUGGCAGUUGAGGGAUUCAAUCAAAGCAAGCUCAAAUUAUAAAGUUAACAACAACAUAUAUUACAUUUUUGACCAUUCAAUAAGGAAAAUCAAUUCCAAGGACACGAGUUUUGACACUGAGGAUGCGGAAAAGGAUUCCUUUACAAAGAGUUCUACAGUGGUUAAUUUUAAUUUUAAACCGAGAUGUUUUACUGAAAAGCAAGGUUUGAUUGCCUGUGGUGGAUUAAUAGGACCAGAUGACAGAGGAUAUCCGUCAAAUUGGAAUAAUUCGGACAGAGAAUCUCUUGGUGUCAAUCACGCCGGCAACGGGGAUGACACGGCUGCUGAGGCUGAUAUACCUUGUAAACCUGUGGAGGUUCUCAACGACAACGUCUUAAAUGACAAUACAAAUUAUAGUAAUCCUUCUUUAUGGAAGGGGAUAAUACAGCUGCAUGAUACAAAUACAAAUAUUUCACAAUCUUUGGUUUUAGGACAAUUUAUCACAAACUGUGUAGCAUUACUCCCAAUCUCAAGCAACCAGUAUGACAUGUUUUCUUGUAACAAUGACAAUCAUAUGUACCAAUGCAAUAUAAAUAAUAGUAGAGUGGUUCUAACAAAGAGGUAUUCUGAUUUAAAAUUUGCAUUGAACUAUGUUGCAUUAUCAAACGAUUCAAGAACAAUGGUUGUCUCUGGGGAUACAAAUAAGUUUGCGAUAUACAGAAAGAACGAAUUCGAUAAUCUAUUUACUUUGAAUUAUGAUACGCAACCAAGUUGGGGGAAUUCUACCAUAAUAAAAAAUGAGAGAAUACCAAGAUAUGCAUUGCCGGAUCACACAAGUAAACUAGAUUUGGAAGAUAUGACAGCUUCAAAUAACAGUAGCUGUGCAAAUUUAUCUUCGAACCUAAAUGGAAGGCAUAUCUAUGAAGCACCAAAUUCUGAUCAUGGUUUUUAUACCAGUUUUUCCAAUAACGAUUUACAAUUUGCAACUAUUUUUCAAAAUGGUGUUUGUUUGAUCUAUGAUACUAGAAAUAUGUAUAAACCGAUGAUUGAAAUAAAUUCAACAAGACCAUAUUCUCAUAGUGGUUCAUUUAGAGUUUGUAAGUAUUCAAAUUCCAUCGAUGAUUUAUUGUUCAUUACAGAGCACCAAAGUAGAAUCCAUGUUGUUGACACAAGAAACUUUACAAAUCAUCAAGUUAUCAGCAUCCCAUCUAAAGUCGAAACUACUAGUGCGGGCAAUAUAUUUAGUGAUGAUAAUAGUAAUCCAAAUGCAAGUGACCUACCCAAUGAUGUCACGACAGCAAGAACUGUUCCACUUGAUAAAUUGAUUCCAAGCAUAGCACCAUACCCAGAGCUAUGUAGCAAAACAACUAAUGAGUAUAAUUCCUUACAAGAAAAAGGGCUCUAUUUAAUAAAUCAAGACCCUCCUAAUUACUCAAACAGAGAUGAUAAUCAGAUAAGAGAUAGGAAUAAUAUAAAUCCCGAUUUUAUUUAUGAUUAUUACCACAAUGAGUCAGAAUUUGAUAGCAGUGGCAUUAUAAUGGAAAAUGGCAAUACUUCUAGAAAUAGAAAAAUCAAAAGUCAUCAUCCAGGAAGUGAUCCUUAUAAUUUUGAUUUUCGACUUCAAAGAAUUAGAACUAAUUCUUAUGAAAACAACAACUGGAAUAAUUCACCUAAUUCAAAAACUAGUUCUGUAAACAAUACUAAUCAGUUACUUAAUGAUCAAAACAAUAACUAUCCAUCUAUGGGAUCUAAUAACCCCACAAGAGAUGUUUAUAACGCAAGUCAACUUUCGGGAUUCCCAUUAUCUAGGAGAGGUGGAACUUCGCUGUGGUCAGCUUAUACAGAUGACUUCACAAGAGAUACAAUCACUAGCUAUGUUACUUUAGAAUCAGCGGACGAAAGCAAUAUAUGUGGUUUAGACUGUAUGCAAGAUUCCAAUGGGAAUGACUCUUUGAUAGUUGGUUACGAUUAUGGUUUACUCCAAUGGAAUAUUAAUUCAUGGGCAAGAAGAAGUUUCUCAAGUUAUGAAUUCACAUAG